AUGAAAUUAACUUGUGCUACAUGUGGGCUAGUGGAUAUUCCUACUGCUGGGCUAGCCUUCACAUGGUCUAACCGUCGAACUGAUGUUAGGUUGGAUAGGGCUCUAGGUAAUUUGGCCUGGUUGGAGGCUUGGCAGGCCCCCGAUUUCAUCCAUCUUGUUAAAGCUUUUUGGGAUGGUCUUCAGUUCUAUGGCUGCCUAAUUUUCGUUCUGUGCUCAAAGCUCCAUGCUCUUAAAGUCAUGCUUAAGACAGGAAAUAAAGCCCACUUCGGCGUGCAUGCGCAGGUGGAUGCUGCUAGGCAUGAUUUGGAUGUUAUUCAAGUAGAAAUUAUGGACUUGGGCCUUUCAGAGGAUAGGGAUAAGUCUCGUGUGCGAUGGCUAAAAGACGGAGAUCGUAAUACAUCUUUCCUACACAACAUGGUAAAGGGCAUCAUUGAUUCUGGCCUUGUGGAGAGAGUGAUCCCAUAUUUGGUCAGAGCUAAAGAGAAUUUGUCGCUCAUUUCUAUACCCACUGACGAGGAGAUCUCUUUAGUAGUCAGGUCCAUGGAUAGUAGUAGCUCACCUGGGCUCGAUGGUUUUGGAGAAGGGUUUUUUAAAGCCUGCUGGUCCGUGGUCUCAGGUGAUGUGAUUCUUGCGGUUCAAGACUUUUUUGAGAUGGGUCACCUUCCUCCACAUUUCAACUCCAAUAUGCUUAUUCUGAUUCCGAAAGUCCUUGAGGUUGAGGGUAUCUCAGACUAUCACUAUGCCAAAAGUGGUAUCAAACGACAGACAGAAACUGUUGUCUGA